GUUGUUACAGGGCAGAGAAGAGCUAGGAUUAGCCCAUUCGAUACGAUCUCUCUCAUAGAUACAUACAGUUCAUUCGAUACGAUCUCUCUCAGAAUCAAUCGCUUCAGCUGGAAAUCCAUUCGAUAUGCACAAUCCCUCAAUGCCAUCGCCGACGCCACCUGUGUCAUCUUCGGGGGAUACCAAUCCCCAAAACCCCAAUAACCCUAAUUUGAUGAUUCCUUCGCCGUUUCCCCCACCCUCCGCCUCCGCCUCCGCCCCCGCCCCACCUGUGUCAUCUUCGGGGGAUACCAAUCCCCAAAACCCCAAUAACCCAAACUUGAUGAUUUCUUCGCCCUUUCCUCCUUAUCCGGCGCCGACUGGUAUCAAACCAUUCUAUCGUCAUUUGAUGCUGAUGCGCUGUAGGGGCCAGCAUUUGAGUGGUGGCGAUGACAAUAAUGUAAGUGUAUACGAUAUAGAUGCGAGAUUGGGCGGUGAUGAUGUGCAGAAUAUAGUCAAGUAUAUGGGCCUUUUCCGUUUUGAUCCAUACCCCGCCUAUGUUUUAGGCCGUAGGGUUGCCUUCGCCAAGCCCCAUAUAUGUUUUGGGGGUGGACCUCACUGGGGAUCCCUAGAACUCUUUAACACACAAACUUUCUUAACCUCUAGAACUGUUGCUCUUGAUCUUCAUCAGAGGGUUACAGACCUGGCUUUCUUUGCAGAGGAUGUUCCCCUUUUGGCUAGUGCAAGUGUUAAUGGGCGGGUUUGUAUAUGGAAAUUCACUGAAGAAAAGGAAAAGGAUAUGGGCGACUAUCCAAAAAUAACAAGCCAGAUAGUUAUUGAUAUUCAAAUUGUGGGAGAAGAACAAUCUUUUAACCCACGAGUCUGUUGGCAUUGCCAAAAACAGGAAAUUCUUGUUGUUGGGAUUGGAGAAAGAGUUCUGAAAAUUGAUACCACAAAAGUUGGAAAAGGUGAAGUAUUUUCAGAGAAAAAACCGCUGAGGUGUCCAGUUGACCGCUUGGUUGAAGGUGUCCAGCUUGUUGGUACUCACGAUGGAGAAGUCACUGAUUUAUCGAUGUCUCAGUGGAUGUCCACCACUCUUCUUGUAUCUGCUUCAGUAGAUGGCAUGAUAAAGGUUUGGAAGGAUAGCGAAUCAAUCCCAAUUGCUGUACUGAGUCCCCAUGGUGGCCAGCCAGUGUAUUCUGUUACAUUUUUGGCUCCUCCAAACAACCCUGGCGAGAUCAUACUAAUUACUGGGGGCCCACUUAAUCGAGAAUUGAAGAUAUGGACAUGUGAAGAAGGGCAGUCUGCUAAAUCAUGGCACUGUAAUCAAACAUUAGAGCUGAAGAGUUCAGCUGAACCUCUUGAAGAAGCUUUUUUUAAUCAGGUUCUGGUUAUUUCUCAAGGUGGUUUAAUCUUUUUGGCAAAUGCCAAAAAGAAUUCCAUAUACGCAGUGCACCUAGAAUAUGGUCCUAACCCAGCCUCUACAAGGAUGGAUUACAUAGCCGAAUUUACUGUUUCUAUGCCAACACUUGGUUUCACUUGGACGAUUGAACUACUGCCAGAUGGUGAACAGGUAGUUCUGUUAUAUUGUGUUCAUACACAUGCCAUUCGGAAGUAUGCUCUGUACUUAUCACAGUGUUUACCUCCAUUGGAAAAUCCUGUGGCUGAGAGGCCAGAAUCUAGUACUGAACGAGACCUUGAUGCUUUAUAUGAUCGUUAUCUUCAAGAAGAAAGUGAAAGGCAGGAAAAGCAGGAAAAGCUCUUACAACAGAUGACUAAUAUGUUGUCCGACCUGCCAAGGCUGGUACAAGAUACAGUGAAGAAUGAAUUAAGUGGCAUUGAUCAAACUGUUGUGCAGGCUUUAACACCCAUUAUAGAGAAAGCAGUAUCCGAAGCCUUUCAGAAGGGUGUUGGUGAUAAGAGUGAGUCAAUUGGAGAAAACAAUCAAGUCUAAACUUCAAACUUCUGGCAAGCAAGCUCUUCAGGAAAUAUUGAAAUCCACUCUUGAAGUUUCAAUAAUCCUUGCCUUUGACAUGUCAUCCGCUGAUUAAGCACGUUAUAAACUCUAUGCUGAUGACCUGUAAGCCCAAGAAUGUUCAAAAUCUGGCGAAUACAGUUUAUCUGUCCCCUUUGUCCAUUCCUUUUUUAUAUUUUGAUGUGAAAUGUGCAACAGCUUGUGUGGAUAUUCCAGUUUGAGGUUUAAUUCACUUUGGAUAUUCCUUUUUGAAUUGCGACAUUCUAUUCUGUUUCAAUUUCUACUCAAUGAAGUGUUUGGUUAUGCUC